GUAAGAAAUACUCCCUUCAGCCCAUACUAUUUGUAUCUCUCUUAUCUUUCUUGAAUUUUCCUCCUGCAAAUGGAUCAGAUUCAACACAAGUUCAUUGAAGUGAACGGGCUGAAGCUCCAUGUAGCUGAGAUUGGAGAAAAUGAAUCGAAAGCUGUAUUGUUCUGUCAUGGGUUUCCAGAGAUUUGGUAUUCUUGGCGUCAUCAGAUGGUUGCAGUAGCCAAAGCUGGUUAUAGAGCCAUUGCACCCGAUUACAGAGGAUAUGGACUAUCCGACCCACCAUCUGUACCCCAGGAGGCUACCUACUCUGACUUCAUCAGUGAUCUUUAUUCCCUCCUUGAUGUUCUGGGCAUUUCCAAGGUUUUUCUCAUAGCGAAAGAUUUUGGAGCUAGGGUUGCAUACCUUUUUGUGCUUCUCCACCCAGAGAGGGUUGCAGGAGUUGUGACUUUGGGUAUACCUUUCCUCCCACCAGUUCUUCCUCCACUGAAAGAGGGCCUUCCUGAAGGCUUCUAUAUGGCUAGAUGGGAGGAACCUGGAAGAGCUGAAGCUGAUUUUGGUCGACUUGAUCCUAAAACAGUCGUGCGCAACAUCUAUAUCCUGUUCUCCAGACCUGACGUACCAGUAGCUGAGAAAAAUCAGGAGAUAAUGGAUUUAGUGGAUUCAUCUACUCCUCUACCCUCUUGGUUCACCGAAGAAGAUCUUGCAAAUUAUGGUGCUCUCUAUGAAAAAUCUGGAUUCCAAACUGCUCUAAAGGUUCCAUAUAGGUCACUGCAAGAAGUGUUCGACGUACCAGAAGUCAAGGUUGAUGCUCCUGCACUGUUGAUAAUGGGUGAAAAAGAUUAUUGCAUCAAAUUCCCAAGUAUGGGGGGCUAUAUUAGAAGUGAUCAAGCUAAAAUGUUUGUUCCCAGGUUGGAGACAGUAUUCAUUCCCGAAGGUAGCCACUUUGUUCAAGAACAAUUUCCGGGCCAAGUGAAUGAGCUGAUACUCAAUUUCUUAAAGACCCAUAGUUAAUCUAUAUGUGCAACAAAAACGGUCCAUAGCUCCUGAACUGUUUGAUGCUCUGUUUUUGGUGGUUUGGAGGCUGAAUGCUGUAGUUCAUUGAAGUUACUUUUCCUGCAAAUCUCGUCUUUACUACUUAUCUAAGGCCAUUUACUUUUCUAAAAGAUCUUAUCCAUGAAGACACAGGAGAUUUUCUCCUGUUAAAAAGACCAAGAUUUUCGCGGUCUGCAUCCAUACACCUACUUGGUUCACGAAAUAUGAAGUACCUAUUGUAUUGUAUGCUUUCCCUUGAGUUUGUUCGUUUGCCGAGUUCAAUAAAAGAGGCUACAUUUAAUUGAAA